GGGAUGGCGAAUGCCGUCAGUUUAAUCAUCGCUUUGAAAGCUGCCACAGCUGAAAUAAACGCGCCGACAUUAAACGCUCUUUAAACGAUUCUUGUGGAAAUUUCUAGUGAAAAUGUCCAGACUAGUGCCAAUUUUGUUCAGGGACAUGAUGCGCCCUUGGAGACAGUUGGAGAACGAGAUGCAAAUGAUCGAGCAGAGAUUCUUCGAUCGGUCGCCUUUCGUCAACAGACCGAGCUACUUCUUCAAAUACCCCGAAUCUGAACAGGCGGCAGUUGCCCAGUUGAAGGACAAGUUCCAAGUGAAACUCGAUGUGGAGGGCUUCAAGCCGGAAGAACUGAAAGUGAAAACUCUGACCGAUGAAAAUGCCAUUGAAAUCGAGGGAAAACAUGAGGAGCGCGAGGACGAUCAUGGCUUCAUUUCCCGACAGUUCCUGCGGAGGUUCGUCCUGCCCAAAGGACACGACUUGAAAGGGGUGGUGUCCAAUUUGAGCGAGGACGGCGUUCUAACAGUCACCGCCCCAAGAAAGCCCCAGGAAAUUUCGCAGGGGAAACCCAUCCAGGUGGAGCACAUCGGGGACGGAAAAGACAAACAGUAGUUUCCCACCAAAGCAUUUUAUUAGUAUUUACUGUUCCUCGAAUCUAGACUGAAUCCCUAAACUAAGCUACUUGUUUUUGUGUUAGCUGGUGAAAUGUUGCGCAAUAUGCAAUAGAAAUAAAGAAUGAAAGUUA